ACUCGCGCACGCAAAUCCUUCGGCCGGGGAUGUGCGUUUAUCGCGCCACCGCGUCGACACACAUCGUACUACGUAACGUACGAAGUAACGUAGUAGCAGCGUGCACUACGUGACGUGACCGUGCCCGUGUCGUGUUCCGGUAUCCUGCUGACACGCCACCCUCGAAAUUCGACCGAUCGCCAUGUACGACUCGGAUAAACCAGCCUCGUCCGUCCCAUUGUAACGUCGCCGGCCCUUCACAGCUAUGGAUUCGCCGGGAAUCACCGUGCGGGUAUCCCACGAGUGCCCAUGAAGGAAGCUACCCCUAUCCAAUUCUAUGGAGCCUCGAUAAACCCUCGCCUGCCUUUCGAGAAUUUUCAUCACCGAUUUUUCUUUAAAAUAUCAACGAGAUUUGAAAAUCGAAAUCGAAAUUUCGGGCACGAAGUUUCUUCCUCGAGAACUGCAGUUCAACAACACAUGCACCCUCGCUUCUGCGACAAGAUUUAAUGACCUCUCCGCGUUCAACGUGGACGAUAUUUAUCAUCGUUCUCAGCAAUUUUUAUCGACUUCGAUAAACAAUUUCCAUGUCGAUGUGAUUAAACAAUGGAUAACAUCAGCUGGUGUCUAACGAUCAGGUGACGAAGAAAAUAUUUCAAAAGAAAUUUUGCGAUUUUCGAUGAAUUAAGGAACACUAUCUCCAUGUGCAACACACUGUGCUAAUACACGAAUAACACGAAAUCGUCUGAACACGGUUCGCCGAGGAAAUUUCUGAUCGCGUUCCCGGUAAUCAUACCGAGUGGUAGCUUCCCUCGUUGUUCGCCUCUCGACUACUUUUUUCCAGUCUUUUUUUUUUUCGAAAAUACACUUGACACAAGCAACCGCUGGUAUUUCACAGUGAACGCCGCCUGACAUGGCUACGUGUUUCGACCAAGUUUCGUUUCGCGUUUCACAAAGGAACGAGGUCAUUAGGUACGCGAGAAAGCAGGAAGGGUCGAGGGAAGUUGGCCACGCGGGAUUAAGCGUCCGCGCCACUCUUCCACGGGUCUUUCUUUUAUUUCGAAAGGAUGUCACAAAGGUCGAUCCCUCGUAGCUCGAUAGACUGACUUUCCUUCUCGAUUGAUCGACAAAUAUCCUGAUUCGAUGGAAUCCCAGCGAGGAAGCUUAACGGAUCGCUAACGGUACUAAUUUCGUCUUAAAACAAAAAUGAACUGUGAACGAGUGAAUAAACUUUCGCAGUUAUUCGCUUAACCGAACCGUUCGAUACGGUACAUUGAAACGAAUCGUAGACGAUUGUUCGCGUUCGAUCGUGUGUUAAAUCCGCGGCACCGAAUGAUCAAUUGAUCGUAGCGAGAAGUGGAUGAGCAUCGGGUUGAUCCAUGAUGGAGGCGGAAAUCGAGCAAAUUCUAUUGAAACCCACUUGCGAAAUGAAAUGCGAGUUGGUCGAUCUGUUAAAUAGCACGAUCCUCUUGAUAACUGUCGUUAGAUAAUGUGGUUGAUCGAUGAAGAGGACAACAUCGUUCAACUAACCAGCGAGGAAACGUUUGUCAAGACUUCUAUCGAGCACGAAACAGAUCCUUCUUAAAAUAAGAUACAUUUUCGGAUCGGUGUGCUUCGAUCGGACGACACUUGGUUGGUAAUUUAAGAAAUGCCCGAAGAAAGAAGAAACACAAACCGGAGGGAAGAUAAUUUUCAUUCAGACGCAGCGACGUGCUGAUUAUUUCUUUUCUAAACGAAGCACCCUGCUUAUCUCGUUUCCGCGCGAUGCUCUUAAUCUUAUAAAACACCGGAACCGUAAAGGAAAAAUCUUCUCUCGUUUUCUUCCUAACCGCGAAGAAAAACGUUUAAAAGAAGAUCAGAGAGAGUGCUCUGUUUUACAGAAGCAAGAAGUCACUCCUAUAAUUGGCCGUGACAUCAGCGAUACAAUGGAAAAAGGUUGUCGAUAAUGGUCUAAUAAUCUCUUCGUUCAAUCCCAUUGGAUAUGCAGUCUUCGUGGAUUAUUCUAUCCUUCGAAAAUUAUCCAAUAUCAUUUUGAAUCAAGGGGAAAAGGAAGUUGAAGAACCUCGAAUAAAUGGAAAUAAAAGACAGAAGGGGUUAAUUCAGCUUCAUGUUGUCCCGAUACAUCCGAGAGCUUUCAGUGGAUAGUUUCGCGGAAGAACGUGGAAAGAAGAAACGGAAGCCGGAUCGUGAGGUGUCGGUUUUGUGACCGUUCGGUGAGCGGGCUGUCGAGAAGACCCGCGAGCUUUCUUGUCGCAAAGUGGUCGCCAUAGAGGCCGGUGAAGAACGUAAUGUGACAACAGCUGGUGAAGAGAUGACGGUGACUCCGUCGACUUCCGAUGUCGCUGACAAGGCUGUUUCGACGGACGACGGUGGUAGUGGAAUGGAGGUGGCACGUCUCGAAGCCGUCCUCGCUGCUCUGGUGGAAACGAAGGUGGAAGCGAUUAAAGCGUCCUCAGCUUUAAGCAAACGUUCCGGCAGCGCGCCGGCAAGUCCUCGUCGGCUAAGGCUAACUUCCACUUCGACUGCCUCCUCCUCGUUGAAUCAUCAUCAUCAUCAUUGCCGUCAUCAACAUCGAAGGAAGAGUCAUCAUCAUCACCAUCAUCAUCAUCAUCACCAUCAUCAGCAGCAGAACCGCAAGAGGCACGAUUCCGCUCCUUGCGAUGAGUUCCUCGGAGACGUCACGGAACAUCAUCAUCGUAAUUCUCAUCAUGGUAAAGGAAGACGAAGAGCAUCGGAAAGUCCACGACGUCCAAGAAAGAAGCGCAAAUACUCGAAAAAUCCGAACAUCAUUCACGGCGUUGUCCAAGACGUUCAGACUGGUCUUGAUUCACGUUUAGAGCUUUUCGGGAUGGAUGGUGAUCAAGAUCUCGCAUUGAUAAACUUUGAAAGGGCUCGAGAGACUCUCAGCGAUUCCUGCGAAUAUCCGCAGUUGCACCGAAGUGCCUGCUACUUUUCUCAAAGUACAGCUCAAUUAAAGAUCCAUUACGACGACGACGAUUACGUGGCGUUGAACAUAGCCGACGAUUUGGAAGAAGAGGAAACCUUGAGCGGUCCCGAGAAGAUCGCGGCACCUCGAGAGAAGUAUCAUCGACCCCGUAGAAAGCGGAAACGGAAACGGCGUAAAGUGGUCAAUACAGAUCCUCAAGAGGAACUGGUGGAUCCUGAAGAACUUCCUCCUCGUGCUCGAUGGACGAUCGUCGCGACCGCUUGUCUCCUCCUUGCUAUGUCUUUGCUCUUGGUCGGAGUCACCCUUAGAAUGGCGCCAAUCAUUGACGAAAUGGUGCGACGGGAGAACGAGGAACUGUUGAAUUCUCUCAACAGAGUCCUCGUUACGGAAAACUCGACGACAUCUCCUUAAGGAAAGCGUCCUGGAGGCAGAAGAAUGGUCUGUUUUAAAGCAGUUUAUCUCGAAGGAAAAGAAGAACAAGCAUCGAGGGAUGGGGAGAGGCUGGUUUCGAAGCGGCUGGUAUUGACGGUCGCUUUACAGAAAACGGCCAACUUUUAUUACGAUCUCGUUUCGUUCGACGAGUCUUAGGGAAAGACAUCGAGUAUAACUUGUCAAUGUCGUGAUGGUACACGGCUAAUUUGUCGACUCCGUCAAUAGCUCGAACUACGAAGGAAAGUUCGUGACAAAGUGGAAUCGAUGCUAUAGUUUUAUCCCCAUUGUUUCGAAGGUACGUCCAAGUUCUCUUUUUCAUUGAAUCACGUAUGUAGGUUUCGAUGGACGUCGGAUACGAGAGUAGUCGCGUUGAAGUGGAUAGAGAUAAAUAGGGAAAAUCGAAUAAAAAUAUAUGACGAUACACGUAAUUAAAAGAAAAAAAAGUUACUCGCGACGAUUGAACGUCGCUAUUGUUAGCUCGUUAUUGUUGUUGGUGCGACGAGUCGACGAUCGUUGGAGAAUAAAUUGUGUUAUACGAGAAAUUAAAUCGCGUAUGGCAGCGGAAACCGAUUCGUUUUGUGAAAAUGCUGAGAAUCGGUAGAAGCACAUCGUAUGCCCACAACGAAAAGAAAACGUUUCAAAGAAAUUCGAUGCGAAUCCUCGUUGGAAAAAAGUUAGUUUAAUAUUGCUUUUUUUUUAUUAAAUAAUAAAUGUUUAAUUAAUUGUUUGAGUGCUAAAGUACAUUAUAAAGAUUAUCCAAAUUUUCAAAUAAAUUUCCCCAGGAAAAAUCCACUUUUCAAUUAUUCAUAAAAAUUUUUCAGUUAACAAUAACCUUUGUAUAACAAAUGAUUUCUAAGAAAAAAGAAUUAUUUUUUCCAAGAGGAUACGUUCAUUUGUUUUGCGCUUCACGAGGUGUAUAAACGUGUAAAGCCUGUUAAAUGAAAUAUUUAUAAUCAAGCAUCGACGUAGCCAAAGGAGUAGCUGAAAUAAUUGUUGUUGUCAAUUGUUUGUAAAAUACGAAUCGCAGAAAAGAGCGUCGAUUUGAAAACUUCUAUCGAUCUAAUAUCGUUUCAAGGAAAAAACGUCGAGCAAUUGUUCGGCUCAGUAUAUCGAGAAGAAUAAUGUCGCGAUUUGCAAAAUUCUGUUAUACGAAUCUGAAUAGAAAAGCUUCAUAUUCCGCUGAAAUUCAUUCAAUCAACCACUUUUCUCAUAAAAUGCAUAAUCAAAGUCAGCUACAUGCAACAUAUAUUGUAACAAUAUAAACUAGAAAAGUUUAUCUGUGCCACUCUCAUCUCCAUUUCAGAUUUAGGAUGAUCUAGCGACUGGCAAGUAGUAAAAAUCGUAGUUUCCGAGACCUCGCCUUUUAGAAAUAAUAAUUUAACAAAGAAAAAAUGAAUUUUCGAACUCUAUCAAAUAUUUUACGAGUGACAAAUAUUUCUGAUAAUAGAAACGGUUAAUUAAUUGUCGGAACGAUGGAUGAACGAGAAAAUUCAUUGACGAUUGAUGUAAAACAAUGUUAAUGAUUCAAAAGAAAAAUGAAUAAUAAAAUAUUAGUGAAUUAUAAUACCAUAAAUGAAUCGUUUUAUCCAUCGAUGCUCGACCAAUUUCUAUCUCGUCAAUUCUUGUCUUUUAUGCCGAAUUAUCAAUUUUGCUAACGUACUAUUUCUCUUACUAUUCUAAAGGCAGCCGUCCUCAAGAAACAUUGCUCUUUUUCUCAGGAGAUAGAAAGAUCGUAAAGACAGGCUCUUUGAAACUGAAGAAUAUAUUCAGAGAAUGUUGAAUAGAAAAUCUCGUGUUCAACGCACUCUGGACAUGAACGUAAAGGGCCUUUAAUUGAAAAAUUGAUGACAGAUGGGGGUAAAGAGAUAAAUAAAUAGAUCGGUAUAUACACACAGUACUCUUCUAAAAAAUUGCAUAGAAAAGUGGCCAAUUUUUGCAAAGCUUUCUAGAACGUAUUUUUGCGUCGCACAAUCCGACCUGAGUCAAAUUUCUUCGAUAUCUAUCCCGUAGGGUUAAAUUUGUAUCUCGAAACAUAAAGAAUAACAAUUUAUAUCUGUCCUUCUUUAUAUGAAAAAUCGAAAUUUCGAAUCGCGACCCGUUGCACUUUGUUAGCUCGAAAGUAAACGUUGUUACGACAGUGGUCACGAACACUGGUACUUGUAUGAAAUGUACGUAGAGUACAAUUGUAAUCAUAGAUCGUUCGUUCGUAUUUUUUUUUUUUUUUUUUGGCCAACAUUGUCAAUAAGUAGUUUCGCGAUAAAUAUAUCUAAUAGCUCAUCGAGCUGCUAAUAUGUAUCGUGUAUUUUGUAAGAGAUACGAAUCUCGUUUUUCUACAUGGAACCGUAUGGAACAUCUCUGAAUCAAAUCUCAAAGAUCCUCGAUUGUUUCUUAACGUGAAAUACAGUGAGUCGCAUUAAUAUUUAAAUAAUUAUUUCUCGAUAUGCAAUGGUGCAAUAGACCCCCCUAUUAAGAAAUGGAAAAUCUUUUUUUAAUACACUCUGAAUUAUUUUCAAAAAUUUCAAAUAACGAUAAUAAGAUUAAAUACAAUUAAACUUAAUAUUAUCAAAGGAUGAAAAUAAUUUUUUAACCCCUUCCUCCCGAUCGAGCAAUUAUGGUUGCGCCAUUGACUCGUAGAAUUAUAAUUUUUUCUUUUAAAAAAUAAAAUGUUACUAGCCACAGUAGAAAUAGCCAUGCCUAGUGCGGCACAUUACAAUGUUUCAAUUUUCUAUUUCAAAUUAUUAUUAUAUAAAAUACCCUUGAUUUUGAAAUUAAGUUAGUGCCAGUCAUUAAUAAUAUCUGUGGCAGUAAACGUGCCAAUAUUACACUCUCGUGCGAAUUAAUAGAGCAGAGAUGGGCAUCAGGGUAAUCUCUGGAUUCAAUAUAAUACGUUAUAACCUCAGGAAAAAGGACAAGUUGAUUUUCUAUAUUGACUUGGAACAUUUCAAAAUUCCUUGAAAAAUGAAAAAUAAUAAAUAGAACAUUUUAACUAAGAAAAAUAGCCUAGUAUCCAAUGAUUGUUUAGUAGUGGAGGACUACAGUCACCCUUAGCAAUGAAAGGGUUGAAUACUUAGUCUGUCAUAUUGUACCAGUUUCUCAAAUAUUCUAGUUAUUUUUUGAAUUAUAAUGUACCAUAUAACUCUGAGAGAUUUUCAUGAUAACCAUCCCUGAAUUAAAAUAUAAAUGAACCCUCUUGACGCACUCCUAGCGUUCUCGGUUCGAAGAGUAACGCGGAGGCGCAGGUUAUUUGGCCUAACGUGAAAAAUCUCUGCCGCUAGUAUUUUCUUCCAGCGAGUAUCUGUACAUAGAAGGAGAGAUUAAUAUAACUCCUGGUUCGUCGCGUAUUAUUGUCAGCACGGUAUCAUAGAUACGGAUCAACGCUUGUUAAGUAGGACGACGUAGAAACGGUAUUCAAAAUCAUUGUAUAAUAUUUUCGUUUCAUCGAUUUCCUUUUGCCAAAGAGUUGUUAAGAAUUCAAAUGAAUUAAUAAUUCCGUUUGUAUGUCGUCGAAAAUCCACGAGGAAAGUAAAGCCCAAGAAUUAUUCUAAGAAGAUGGAAAUUAAUCGCGAUAACCUUUGGAUUAAGUAGUUUAAGUGGUAUACCUAGACAAUGUGUGUGCCAAAAUGGAAAAGAUAACCACUGUGUCAAAAUAAAAAAUUGUAUAAGGCGUCAUCUAUUCCUUUGACAAUCAAAGUACAGCGUGAUUUGGAGUUUACGUGAAUGUAAAAUGACUAUGCGCGAAGAAAAGAAUUGUCUUUGAUGUUUCUAAAUUGCGAGGUGAUUAAUUUCCAAAGAUUUUCCUCCUCUUGCGUCUUCCUUUAGAAAUAUAUAAACUUGUAAAGUAACAAGAGAUGAGAGAAAAAUAAUUUCUUAGUCUUUUACGUAGAAACACCACUUUUCGUUUGCUUGUAGGUAUAAUAGUUUUAACGUAGUCCUAAGUUAAUUACAAUUAUUUAAAUCUUUGUUUAUUAAAUAUUUUGCAUUCCAAGAUUCGCUUUAAAAAAUAGAAAGGGAAAAAACGUCGAGUUACGCGAAUUACAAUAAUCUCGCGAUCAUUUUCUUUUUUUUUUUAAGUUAGAGUAUUUGAACUAUAGAAGAAUAAUUAUUAUAUAUACUAGCACAGUGCAUUGUGCACUCUUUGAUCAGAUAACGAUCAGAAUAAAAACGAAGCCCGAGGUCUUAAAUUACAUACGAAUCGUGCUAAUUGAUACAAGUACGAAUUUGAACUCACUUGUUACGUUCAUCUGUAUCGAACGAUUGUUUUAUUUAAAAGGGAACUGUUGAUUAAUUAAUCAGCUGAAUUCCCGGUAAAGUAUUUAAGAAGGCAUGACGUAAAGAUUUAUUUCGAGGAACUGUAAUAAUAAUCUCGAGUUAUGAGAUCUGUAUCAUACCGAUGAUGUUGUGAGAUGUUAAUGGAUGAGAUAUUAAGGUUUAUGUUUCUAUAUUGUAAUAACAUUUAUGUAUAAUGGUUAUUAUAAUGCAAAAAAUAUACAUGCUAAUUGUCCACGUU